AAACAACUCACCUUCCCUCUUCCUGUCCUUUAAACAACAAUUGAUUUCUCCAUCCACAAUCAAACAACACCAUCAAACCAUCAAAAUGGCGUCCUCCGAGGCCUUUAAGAAGACCAGCAAACUCCGCAUCUUUCUCUUCAUCCUCGCUAGUAUAACGUUCUUGUCCGUCAUGGUCCUUAUGAUUUUCCUCGCCACCGACGUCCUCACCAUUCCCUACCUCACACCGGUUGCACACUUCCUCGCUAUUAUCCUCUCGCCGUUCGUCCCACUGCUCGCACCGCUCAUGCUCGGCGCGUUCUUGAAAGUGUGUCAACACCCGACCUUUCCAAGGAAGAAGACGUGGGUGUUGAUCACAGCGUGUUGGUGUUUUAAUCAGGUGCAGAGGGUGUGCAAGGAUGUUAAGGGUUUGUGGAGCUGGACUGGAGAGGAGGGUGCGCUGGAGCUUUGUGGGUUGAAUGAGUGUAAGGGCAGUUGGGUUGAGGUUGGACUGUUGGUUUUGGUGGUGUUGGGACAGUGGAGGGGAUGGCGGUGGGAUAUGGGAUUGGUAGAUAAUUGGGUUGAGGGGAUUGUUGCGCAGAACAUCAAGGCAGAGGAAGCAAAGAGGCAGAAGGCUAUGGGUGCGGAUAUUGAACGAGGACUUGUCGACGGUGACGUGAAGGAAGUCAUGGCCGAAGAGGAGGCUGUUGGUGGUGAUAUGGAGAAGACUGCUCUGCUUGUGGAUGUUGAGGUGAACGGCGUCGAGAAAGCUUGAAUGGUUUGACUGGAACCAAGCCUGUAAUCAGAACAUCAGAGAAGCACUCCUCGGAGUUUUCGUGAGAGUGGAAGAAAGACGCUCAGCCACACCGGCCUCAGUCUCACGGCCAAAACUACGCCAUUGUAACUACAAUCUAGUAUCGGCUCGCCAUUACCGGUCCACUAUAGAGGAAAUUAUCUCAAGAAGUACAGCAAAACACAAUUGCUUGUUCAAUCAUCACAACCUCUCACAGCCCCGCUUGUUGAAAACUUGAGACUGGGAGUUAUUAGGAUCGUUAGCUAUCCAGUAUUCUUGGAAUACUGCUCUGCCUUGAAUAUCUAUUUGGAGAAAGCUGAAGCAAAAAAGUCCCAAGGGCCGAAUAAGAAUUCAAAGGCUAAUCCAAAAUAAGAAGGAACAUGAAAACCAAC